AUGUCAGUAGCACCGAUGACGCCCUCUCUAGCAGAGCUGCGCGGCAGCAAGGCGCCGGUCUCCGCGGACGAGAUUCUCCACGCCAGGACCGCACAAGGGGCGCCGGGCGAGGCGCCGAAUCCGCCCGUGCGGCAGUCCUCGGGCUACGGGAGGCCCGGCCGCACUCUGGCGGACGUGCUCAGGCCGAGCGACGCCGGCGGCGACACGCAGCACGUCCAGGUGGCCAGCGCUUCGGCGGGCGAAAUGCCGCAGCGCACGACGGCCCCCAAUGCGGACCACCCUGCUCUCGCCUCUAGCGGCGCCCUGGGCGAGAGCACCGGCCAGGGGGCACCCGUGCUCGGGGGCGCCCGCGGCGGAGCCAAGAGCGCGCGCAGCAACACGGUGGCGCCCCUCGACUCCCCUACGGCGCGUACGACGACGGAGAACAUAGCACAGAAGCCCCUCAGCGCCCUCGCGCCCCCCCGCGACCUGACGCGACCGCCUGAGCGGCCUUCGAGUGUGGCUGAGCUGGACACUGCGUCCUCGCUGCCGGCGCACACCCGCGCGGCCCUCCCCCGGCCGCACGCGCCCCGCAAGCGGCUCCCCACCAUCGGGCCAGGCUGUUCCGCGGAGCUCGAGGCCGCGGCGCUCGGCGCCGUGCGCGGCCGCUCCGCCCUGGCCAGGCCCAGCGUCCCCUCCGCGGGCCUCCGCAGCGGGGACCGCGGGACGAACGACGGCGCCCACAUCACGUCCGUCGCCGGGGACCUCUGCUUCGCGCUGCAACCGGCGCCCCCGGAGGUCCCCGGCCUCCCGCGCCCGCCCCUGGGCAGGCCCGCGCCGCCCUUCAGCCCGAAGGGGUUCGAGGCGUCCACGUCGCUGGGCCGCCUCGUGAUGCGCUCGAAGCACCAGCUCGAGCACUCCUCGAAGCGCCAGAGCGCGAGCCUGCUCUCGCGGCACCCCGCCCCGGAGGCGCCCCCGAGCGAGCCCGAGUCGCGCCCGCGCCGCGCCUCCCUCCUCGGGAGGCUGUUCCAGCGGCGGCAGCGCAAGGGCGACGAGGCGCCGGGGGGCUUCGCGAAGCAGAGGUCGCUACUGCGCCUGAUCAGCCGCAACAACACGAAGCGCCGCAGCGGGCGCCCGUCGGAUGCGGAGCAGGACAGCGCGCUGCUGCAGAUCCAGGACCAGCUGUCGCCGCUGCGCGCGCCCGCGUUCGCGAUGUCGCCCACGCUGCGGCGGUUCUCCGCGAAGGCCGACGAGGACGACGCCGCGCUCGCGCCGGACCUGCGCGCGCAGUCCAUGGCCGUGCUCGACGACCUCGGCCGGCAUCGGCCCGCCGUGCCGCACGCGCCCGGGAGCGACACGGACCGCCCGCUGCCGGCGCGCUGGGGCAGCGGGCCGAUGGACCCCGGCACGGGCCUCGCGGGCUCGAAGCGGCGGCACCUCAUCGGCGGCGACGUGCGCAAGGUGGUGGAGGACGAGCAGCUCGCGACGUUCGAGGACAUCGCGCGGUACAUCGGGUCGCAGCGCCUCGGGUCGCGGACGGGGUCGCUCACGGUCGCGCAGCGCGGGCGGUCGCUGUACGGGGGCCGCCGCGGCAGCAUCCUGCGGGGGGGGUCCACGGCGAGCGCGUGGAUGGCGCAGGUCGGGGGCGUGCCGGAACUCGGGCGGACGAACUCGGUGUCGGCGGCGCUGCCGGGCGCGGACGAAGCGCAGGCGCCGUCGCCGCGGUCCGCGACUCCGAAGGCGAUCCGCGCCUCGAUGCCGUGGGGGGCGGCCGCGGGGGGUCCGCAGGACGGCGGCUCCGAGGCCGCGGUGCGCAAGUCGCUCGGGAGCCGCCCGGCGAUGAGCCGCGGCGUGUCGGCGCUGAGCGCGACGACGGAGGCGCAGUCGCAGAGCAGCCGUCUGGUGGAGACGCGCAAGCUGAACAUCGGGAGCGUCGACGGGCGGACGGCCAACUUCUUCAACCACUACCACAUCGUGAAGACGAUCGGGUCCGGCGCGAACGGCGACGUCAAGCUGUGCAUGGAUUUGAAGGAGCAGCAGCUGGUGGCGGUCAAGCUGGUCAUCAAGGCGCCUGCGGGCGCCGGGCGCGCGCGGCGGCCGGCGUUCGGGCAGCGGCAGGGCGCGGACAAGGCGACGACGCUGAAGAAGGAGGCGGAGGUGCUCAAGUCGCUGGACCACCCGAACGUGGUGCACGUGUACGAGAUCAUCGACGACGACCGCGCCCCGCACCUCCUCUGCGUCAUGGAGUACGUCGAGGGCGGCCCCGUGCAGGUCGCCGUGUGCACCGACGCCGACGACGGCAGUCGCGAGAUCCUGUCGGAAACCACCGCGGGCGACUACUUCAUCCAGCUCGUCGACGGCCUCGACUACCUCCACUCCAACCGCGUCAUCCACGGCGACAUCAAGCCCGACAACCUCCUGCUCGGUGCGGACGGCCUCGUGCGCCUGGCGGACUUCGGGUCGGCGAGCACGCUCGCGCCGGGGCAGGAGGACAAGCUCCUGGCGGUGAACGGCACGCCGGCGUUCCUCGCGCCGGAGAUCUGCCGCGGCGAGGAGUACUCGGGCGUGCGCGCGGACUUCUGGGCCGCUGGCGUCACGCUGUACAUGCUGCUGUUCGGGCGGCUGCCGUUCGGGGAUUUCUCGAUGCGGACGUACGCGAUGUACGACGCCAUCUCCGACGACGACCUCGUCUUCCCCGAACACCCCCCCGUGUCCGACCUGGCGAAAGACCUCCUGUCGCGCAUGCUGGACAAGGACCCGCUCCGCCGGCCCACCGUCGAGGAGAUCGUGACGCACCCGUGGCUCGCCGAGGUGCUCGACCUCGACGACGACGCGCUCGGGCCGCUCCCGGGCUUCUCGCGCCAGUCCGCCGUCGACUCCCAGCCGUCGGGGCGCGGCUACGCGUCGACGCCCGGCAGCCGCGUCGAGCCGCCGCAUCGCGAGUCCUCCGCGGGCGAAGCGGCGGUGCCGGCCGUGCCGUGGAAGCGGCCCGAGGCGCCGCACGCGCCGCCGAGCCCCGCGGCGCGGCCGGUGCGGGCGUUUGCGUCGGAGUGCGGGAGCACGGCAACGAUGACGCCGCGCGCGGGGGCGGCGACGCGGGCGAGCGAGGCGCCGCGCGCGCCGGGCGAUAUGCCGGUGGCCACGAGCGGCGGCGGGCGGUUCGCGCACAUCGUCGGCCACAUCGAGGCGCAGGGCGGGCUGCGCGACGUGGUGCCGCGGCAGAGCUGGCGGCCCGGGCAGGACCUGAUGGUGGAGGGCGAGGACGGCGACUGCAUGUUCUUCAUCAUCACGGGCCGCGCGGAGGUCCUGAAGCACAUGGGCGGCGCGAGCGGCGCCGCCGCGGACGAGGCGUUGAUGCACGACGACGACAGCAGCAGCAGCGAGGGCAGCAGCGUCGCGGACUGCCGCGGCGGCGCGACGACGACGCUGCGCAGCAGCGGGUCGCGCGGCGUCCCGCCCGUGAACCGGUACGCGUCGGGGCUGACCAGCAAGCACGUCUCGGAAGCAUCGAUGAUGUUGAUGAUGGCACCGAAGGGGGCAGCCAAGGGCGGGCGCGCGUCGUCGUCGAGCAGCGACGACGACUCGAUGGCGGAGCUGGGCGCGGCGCCGGCGGGCAUCGCGGUGACGCUGCCGGGCGUGGCGGAAUCGCAGGUGUCGCUGGCGCAGACGAUGCCGGCGCGGGGGGAGAGCUCGUGCCCGGGCGACGCGAGCGGCGCCGAGCAGCCGCCGGUGAACAAGUUCCUCUCGGACAGGUCGCUCCAGGCGGACGGCGCGCACCCGGCGAAGCGCGCGCGCCAGGAGAGCGACAUCGAUGACGCGGCAAUGCAGCGGGCCGUCGCGGCGGCGCGCGGCGGGAAGGGCGUGUUCAACAAGUCGCACAAGUCGGCGAAGAAGGCCCCCCGCCACGACGACGCGGACCAGGAAGACAACGAGGGCGUGCAGCUCGAGUAUCUUGUUAUGAAGGCUGCGGAGACCGCCAACGUCUUGGAUGAGCAUCUGCGCACGGGGGCCGCGGCGGAGGACGUGCGCGUGCUGGCGCACAUCGGGCCCGGCGACGUGGUGGGCGAGAUGACGCUGCUCGGCCGCGCCACGCGCACCGCGACCGUGCGGGCGGUCACCGACGUCACGGCGCUGGUGGUGGACAAGGCUGCGCUGGGGCGCCUGGCCACCGCGAUGCCGCGGCUCCAGCAAGCGCUCAAGCAGCUGAUCGCGGAGCGCGUCGCGACGCGCCGCAUGAUGGAGGCGUUCGAGCAGCUCGCGACGCUGCACGGGCGGUACGGUGCGUCGGGGAUCGAGGCGCCCGUCGCCGCGGCGGGCGGCGUGCGGCGCUCGGCGAUCGGGGACGCGCGUCUCGACGGGGCGCCGUCCGCGGAGGAGCGCCCGCUCGAGGCGAAGAGCAGCAUUUCGGACGCGGUGGCGCCUGCGGCGGGCGUGUCGUCCACCAUGCGUCUCAUGGGCCGCGUGCUGUCGCGCAAGGGCUUGCUGAGCCAGCACACGACGUUCGACGGGAGCCCUGGGGAGGACGACGCGACGCCGAAUGUGUCCGGGCACGCGCCGGGCGGGUCGCGGCGCGUCUCUGCCGUCGGCGCGCCGCCCGGCGUGAUGUCGCUGGGCUCGGCGCUGGACAAGGCCCCGCGCCCCAGCCUCCCGGGACUGCGGGUGUCUGCGACAGGCUGUCCGCCGAUGGGCGCGAUUGCCGAGUGA